UCUCCACUUCCACUCAAAGGGCGAAAGCAAAAACAGCAAAAGAGGAAGAUGGCAAGACUGUUGUUCCUUUUCCUCCCAGGUCUUGUGGCCAUAUGUGCCGUGCAUGGAAUAUUUAUGGACAGACUUGCCUCCAAGAAGCUGUGUGCAGAUGAUGAGUGUGUCUAUACUAUUUCUCUGGCCAGAGCUCAAGAAGAUUACAAUGCUCCAGACUGCAGAUUCAUUAACGUUAAAAAAGGGCAGCGGAUCUAUGUUUACUCAAAGCUGGUAAAAGAAAAUGAAGCUGGAGAAUUCUGGGCUGGCAGCGUCUAUGCCAAUCAAUCUGGGGAUGAAAUGGGAACCGUGGGUUAUUUUCCCAGCAACUUGGUCCAGGAACAACAUGUGUACCAAGAAGCCACCAAGGAAGUUCCUACCACGGAUAUUGACUUCUUCUGCGAGUAAGAAGUUGGACAAAUUCGCCGAUAGAAAGCAAACUUCAGAAAUAAAGGAAAAAAAAAAAA